AACGAAGUGGUGUAAUGGUCUAUUAAACGCAAUAUAUGUUAUAGCAAUCUGAACUAAAAAAAUUUUGGUGUUAGAAAGUUCGUGUCAAACUGAAUACACCCUAUUCAGGAUAAGAAAGCAAAGAAUUAAUAGCAAAUUCAAUUUCACUACUCAAUUGAAAAUAUGCAAUCCAACAACGGUUCUGUCGCGCAAAGCAUUGAAUCAUUGGCUGCCAACAACAGCAGCAAGGAGGAAUCUACUUUAGAUGCCAUACUCAUACGUUUAGGGGAAUUUGGGCGCUUUCAGAUCGUCAUACUUGUACUAACUUGCCUGCCAGUUCUAUUUAAUGCCGUAUCAUCGAUCACAUAUAUUUUCACAGCUGGAAAUGUGGCGCACAGGUGCAAUCUCACGGAAUGCGACGGGUCACAGAGCGCUUACGAUGAGCCAUGGGUUAAAUAUGCCAUACCAUUAAAGGGCCAUGAUCUAGAUCAGUGUCAACGAUACGCAAACAUUGCUAGAAACUGGACCAUUACAAGUGAAGAUGAACAAUAUUGUCCGGCAGAUUUAUUUGAUGAGAAGAAGACGCAGAACUGUCCCGACAAUAAUUUCAUAUUUCGCGAUGACGAAGUGACCAUAUCGAAUGAUUUCGGCAUCUACUGCAAUGAUGAGUGGAAGCUGACGCUCACCGGUACCAUUAAUAAUGUUGGACAAUUUGUCGGUAUACCAUUAGGUGGUUUGAUAUCGGAUAAAUACGGUCGUCGUAAUGCACUCGCGCUUGGCGGCAUGCUGAGCGCCUUAUUUGGGAUUAUGCGCUCGUUUACUACCUCCUAUGUGCCAUUUCUGGUCUUCGAGUUCCUCGACAACGUCGCCAAUAGCUCACUCUAUUCCAUUUGCUUUAUUAUAGGCAUUGAGCUGGUGGGUCCCAGCAAGCGCGUAUUUGCCUGCAGUGUAAUUACGAUCUUCUACGCUAUCGGCGAAAUGCUCUUAGCCGUGGUCUCUAUGUACUUUCCGAAUUGGCGUAUUAUGCUACGUAUAUUCUACAUACCGGCAUUGGCUAUGAUCUCUUAUUACUGGGUACUGCCGGAGAGCGUGCGUUGGCUGCUAAGUCAGGGACGUGAAACCGAAGCUACCGACAUACUGAAGCGUGUGGCGCAAAAAAAUAAACGUAGACUUUCCGAUGCAACGUUGGAUAAAUUGAUUUUGGCGAAUCGUGGGAAGCUAAGCAGUCAAAGCGGUGGUGGUUUCCCUUUGCGUGAGGCUUUCGGCAAAUUAUUAUUUCGUAUUGCAAACUGUUCGCUCUCAUGGGUAGUGACGGUGCUUGUCUACUAUGGCCUCAGUUUGAACUCGGUGCUAUUGGGUGGUAAUAAAUAUUACAAUUUCAUAUUGAUUGCGCUUGUGGAAAUUCCCGGAUUUUUUAUGCCCUGUCUGACGAUAGAUCGAUAUGGUAGACGAUAUUCACUAUGUGGUUUUAUGUUACUCAGUGGCAUAUGCUGUCUGUGUACGGUGCUUGUGCAUUCAGAAAAAUAUUAUCUACAGUUGAGCUUGUUUUUAGUGGGUAAGCUUGCAAUCACCGCAGCGUUCCAAGUUUUAUACUUUUUCACUUCGGAAAUAUUUCCCACGAACUUGCGCAACAGUUUGAUGUCUUUUUGCUCGAUGGUUGGCCGUUUUGGUUCAAUGGUAGCGCCACAGACGCCUUUGUUGGCUAAAUAUUAUGAGAAUGUGCCAGCCAUAAUAUUUGCCGUUUGUGCUCUAGUCAGUGGUUGUUUGGCGCUGCUCUUUCCAGAAACUUCAAAUACAAUAUUACCGACGACAGUGCACGAGGCGGAUAAAAUUGGCAAUAGUAAAUCGUCGGAAAACCCAAACAGCAGCAAGUUUAAUUUAGAUAAUGAAAGUACUUAUAUGUAAUUAGUUAUUUAAAAAGUGUAUUGAUUUAGUAAUUUUAGAAUAAAAAUGAAA